UUUUGUUUUUUUAGUUUUACCAAGCAGCAAAGAAAAAUCGUUUUUUGCGUAUUAAAAACCUCAACUUCGAUUAAUCCAUAUUCCAGUAAGGGGAUCAUAAUUCUUCCUUGAAGCAUUUUUGAGCUUUUCUUUGUUGAAAUGGCGAGAUUCACAGCAAAUGGGGGAUUGAGGCCGCUUCUUCACGGGGAAAUAUCUUGUUUUGGAGGUGAGCCGAAGGAAACAAUUAGGUUUAGGAUUUGUGGAGAAAGAAACUUGAAGAACCCGGUUAGGGUAAAGAGUAAGGGCAGAAGCGGAUGGCGUCAAGGUUUUGCUAGGGUUUCUGCUGCGGGGAAGAAGGCAGGAAAUUCUAAGGUUGGGGAAAAGUUAAAAAGGGAAGAUUUUGAUGAUACUGAUGUUGAGGAGGAGGAGGAGGAUGAAGAUGAAUUUGGUGUGGAUGAAUUGGCCUGUUUCAGAGGGUUGGUGCUUGAUAUAUCUUACAGACCUGUCAAUGUUGUUUGUUGGAAGCGUGCAAUUUGUCUGGAGUUUAUGGAGAAGGCUGAUGUUCUAGAAUACUAUGAUCAGACUGUGUCCUCACCUCAAGGCUCCUUCUACAUUCCGGCUGUUUUAAGGGUACCGCACUUGCUUCAGGCAGCGAAACGAAGGAGAAUAAAGCACAGUCUCAGUCGGAAAAGCAUAUUUUACCGGGAUUCUUACACUUGCCAAUAUUGUUCUUCUCGUCAAGACUGCACUAUUGACCACGUCUUACCAAUUUCAAGGGGUGGUGAAUGGAAAUGGGAAAAUUUGGUAACAGCUUGUACCAGAUGCAACUCAAGAAAAGGUCACAAGUCCCUUGAGGAAGCAAACAUGAAGUUGAUUAAGAUUCCAAAGGCUCCAAAAGACUAUGACAUACUCUCCAUUCCUUUGACAUCAGCAGCUGUGAGAAUGCUGAAGCUUAGAAAAGGAGUUCCAGAUGAAUGGCGCCAGUAUUUGCCCAAUUGAUGAAAUUCAUAUUUUUCUUCAUUUCUAUUUAUCCAAGUGGGUAAUAUGGCCUCAAUUCAAAUCAAUAUGAGGUAAUGUCAUUAUUACUUUCCAUUGUAUAUUUCCCAUUCAGCCUGAUUAAUAUAAACUGGCUGUUAUAGUAAUUUAGAUUUCCAUGACUUUUGACUUCAAUUAACUGUACCUGUAGCAAAUUAAAGUGUUUAAUACAAUGCAUAUUUCACCUUGACUUGAA